AUGUUGUUCUAUGUUUCAGGAUAUAACAUUUCUGAUCUGGUUGAAGAAGCCCAAAACCGGUGGCUGAAGCCUGCAGAGGUGCUCUUUAUUUUACAAAAAUAUGAGGACCACCAGCUCGCACAUGAGCCCCCUCAAAAGCCAGCUAGUAAGCUCCUUAUUCGCUGUGGAUCAUUAUUUCUUUUUAACAAGAGGGUUCUUCGAUUUUUUCGUAAAGACGGUCAUAGUUGGCGCAGAAAGAAGGAUGGGAGAACUGUUGGGGAAGCACAUGAAAGACUGAAGGUUGGAAAUGUUGAAGCUCUAAAUUGCUAUUAUGCACAUGGAGAACAGAAUCCCAAUUUUCAGAGACGGAGCUAUUGGAUGUUGGAUCCGGCGUAUGAGCACAUUGUUCUUGUCCAUUACAGAGACAUAAAUGUGGGAAGGUACAAUGCAGGAUCCAGUUCCCAGUUGUCAGCAGGAUCCUCUUCUUUGUGUCAGAGUCCCAGCUCUUUUACUAGUCAGCAUCCAGGCAGCACUGCUGUUGUUAGUGAAUAUCCUGAACCAUCUCAAUAUCUAUCUAGUCCUGGAUCUGUAGAAGUUAGUUCAGAAUCAGUCAUCACCAGCACUGCAAAUUGCUUGGAGAUAACGGAAAGAACAGGGGAGGUUGAUAAUAGUUCAUCAGAACAGGAGCUUGGCAAAGCUUUGCGAAAGCUAGAGGAGCAAUUAAGUUUGAACGAUGACAGCUUGAAAGAAAUGGACCCAUUCUACAGUGAGAAUGAGAAUUCAAAUGAUUCAGAUUAUGUAGGACAGGAUCAAUUUUACAUUAGAUCUGCUGGGAUGCAAGAUGACUCAAUCAGUCCUGUGCCACAGCAGUAUUCAGAUGACAUCGCGGAACACAAUCAUCAGCCCUUGGGGGAUGGAUUUGCUGUUGAAACUAAAGAAACUUCAGGUUGGAAAGAGAUGCUCACUGGCUGUCUGAGUUCAACAGGUGUUGAAUCACAAGUUAUGCACGCAUACACAUCAGAUGUAAAAGGAUUGCUACUGCCGCCGCCAAGGAGGGAGCUGGAGAACCAUCAUUGGCUUACUUCUGGUAUCCACAAUGCUCGGAAGUCUUUUAUGUUGCUGCCGCAAGAUGUUGAAGGUUUCGAAUUUCCUGCUUAUUCUUCAGCAAUAAAUGCAUAUGGAGCCAAUCCCGACUACUAUUCAUCUUUAUUUGACAAAGGUCAGAUUGCAGGAUCUCUCGAAGCCGACUCAAGUUUAACCAUUGCGCCCAAGCAGAAAUUUAUGAUUCGGGAUGUAUGUCCAGAAUGGGGUUAUGCCUCUGAGAGUACAAAAUCACACACCCAGCAACAGUCCCUUCACAAAACCCACCAGCAGCCUCCUCAUCAAACCCCACCACGGGGUACACCACCGGAAUUCUCUCUCUCUCUCUUCACAAAACUUAGCCACGGCCUCCCACAGUCUACAGAGGGACCUAGUGAGCUCACAUCGCCUCCGCCUCCCUCCAGCAUCUCUCACUCAGAUCGCUCAUCACUCUUAGGCCGCAUCUCACUUAGAUCGACACCAGAUCCCAUCUGUCCUCUUUCUCUGGCAUAUGUCCUUCUUUCUCUCGCAUCGGUCCUUUCUCCACUGGAUAUAAUAGGAGUUAUAGGCGUUGUUUAA